AUGUCGGGCGAGCCGCAGCUGGACAAGGACCUCUUCUUCCGGCGCCUCAAGAACGUCUAUGCGUCUUGGCAGGAUGCGAAGAACCCCGAGUGGGGCGAGCCGGCCGUUGACGCGUUCUGCGUGCUCGCUGGGAAGCCCAACGGCGAUGACAGCGGGUACCGCAAGUCGGCCAUCAUGCAGUUCUACCUCUUGGGCUUUCUCGAGUUCCCGGAGACGCUCAUGGUCUUUACCCAGUCGACGGUCUACGUCUUGACGAGCGGCCGCAAGUACGCGAUGCUCGAAGCCAUCCAGGAGGGCAACGCGACGUCGGACAUCAAGCUUGAGCUCCUCAAGCGCGAAAAGGCCGAUGGGAACAAGGCGAAUUACGAGACGCUUAUCAAGGCGCUGCAAGGGUCCGGCGCCGGCAAGCGCCUCGGCGUCCUCGCGAAAGAGAACCCGGAAGGGGACCUCGUCCAGCUCUUUCUCAAGGAAGUCGAGGCCGCUGCCUUUGAAAAAGUCGAUGUCUCCAAGGGGAUCGAAGCCGCGCUCCGCAUCAAGGCCACGGAAGAGCUUGAAAACAUUCGCUGGGCAGCCGCACUCACGAAGAAGGUCUUCCAGCUCAAGUUUAUCGAAGACAUGGAGAGCAUCAUUGAUGAAGACAAGAAGGUCAAGCACGACGUGCUCAGCGCGCAGAUCGAGGGUAUCUACGAAGACCCGGGCAAGAUCAAGGUCGCUUUGAGCCCCGACGACAUUGAGUCGUGCUACUCGCCGAUCAUCCAGUCGGGCGGCACGUACGACUUGCGUCCGAGCGCGCAAAGCAGCUCGUCGUCGCUCAAGUUUGACGUCAUCAUUGCUUCGUUGGGCUCCCGCUACAAGGGCUACUGCUCGAACGUGGCGCGCACGUACUUUAUCACGCCCAUGAAGUCGAUGGAGCGGUCGUACGAGCUGCUCUUGGACGCGCAAGAGCUCUGCAUUGCCGAGCUCCGCCCGGGCAAGAAGAUCUCGUCAGUCGUCGAGAAGGUGACCAAGUUUAACUUCGGCUUUGGCAUUGGUCUCGACUUUCGCGAGUCGUCGAUGCUUCUCGCGACCAAGAACCACCAAUUGGUGCAGGCGGGCCAAGCGUUCAACGUUGCGAUUGGCUUCCACAACAUCCCGCUCGGCGACAACCGCCCAAAGCACCUUCCCGAGACGUACUCGAUUUUGCUCGCCGACACGAUCACGGUCUCGGCCGACGAGAACAAGGUGCUCACCAAGGUGCCAAAGACGUGGGGCAAGAUCCACUACGACAUUGAGGACACGGACUCGUCGAGCAAGCCAUCGAAAGAGUCGAAGAAGAAUAAGGUGCCGACCAAGGUCGAGGCCGCUGAGCUCGACGACGACGACAAUGGCGGCGCCGUGAGCACGCGCAACAAUGUGCUGCAGUCGCGCCUCCGUGACCAGCAGCGCGCGCUCGAAGGCAAGGAGACGGACCAGGAGCGCCGCGAACGUCACCAGGCCGAGCUCAUGAAGCGCAAGCGCGAGGAAGCCAUGCGCCGGCUCGAAGAGCAGAGCAGCGACGCGGUCACGGGCAAGCGCUCGGACAAGCACGCGAUCGUCGCGUACAAGCACCCGUCGCAGUACCCGGAGCUGCGUCCGCGCCAAGUGUCGGUCGACAUGCGCCACGAAGCGGUCAUUGUGCCCAUCAACGGCGUCGCCGUGCCGUUCCACAUCUCGACGAUCAAGAACGUGAGCAAGUCGGAGGAGGACAAGGCGACGUACCUCCGCAUCAACUUUCACUGCCCGGGCGUUGGCGGGACGCUUGGGAAGGACGCGUCGCCGGCGCUGCAGGCCAUUGUCGCGCAGCACCCGUCGCUCAUGUUUAUCAAGGAGCUCGGGUUCCGCUCGACGGACGCGCACAACCUCAACAACCAGUUUCGGCUGAUCAAGGAGCUCCAGAAGCGCGUCAAGCAGCGCGAGCAGCAAGAGCAGGAAGAGUCGGACCUCGUGGUGCAAGAAGACUUGAUCUUGACGCGCGACCGCCGCGUGCCGCGGCUCAGCGACCUGAGUGCGCGGCCGCAUUUGAGCGGGCGCAAGACGACGGGGACGCUCGAAGCGCACCAGAACGGUCUCCGCUUUACGACCAACAAGAACCAAAAGCUCGACAUUCUGUACUCGAACAUCAAGCACGCGAUCUUCCAGCCGUGCGACAAUGAGCUCGUCGUGCUCAUCCACUUUCACCUCAAGCACCACAUUAUGAUUGGCAAGAAGAAGCACCGCGACGUGCAGUUUUACACGGAGGUCAUCGAGUCGUCUCAAGCGCUGGACAACCGCCGCCGGUCCAUGUACGACCCGGACGAGCUCGACGAGGAGGGCCGCGAGCGCGCGCUCCGCGAGAAGCUCAACACGACGUUCAAGGACUUUUGCCAAAAGGUCGAGAGCGUCAGCGAGCGCGUCGACAAGACAAUUACGUUUGACAUUCCGUACCGAGAGCUCGGUUUCUCGGGCACGCCGUUCAAGGAGAUGGUGCUUUUGCAGCCAACGGUGCACUGCCUCGUGUCGCUGACCGAGUUUCCGUUCUUCAUCACGCUCCUCGACGACGUCGAACACGUGCAUUUCGAACGUGUCUUCUUUGGCUCCAAGAACUUUGAUAUGGUGUUCAUCCACAAGAACUUUGACAUCUUGCCGGUGCGCGUCUCGGCCAUCUCGACGCAAGAGCUCGAGCGCAUCAAGGAGUGGCUCGACGAUAUCGACAUCUGCUUUACCGAAGGCACGGCCAACUUGAACUGGAAGCAGAUCAUGGCGACGAUCAAGUCGGACGACCGAUUCUACCUCGACACGGACGAGGACGGUGUCCCGAAGCCCGCGGGCUGGGAGUUUCUCAAGAUGGACGGCAGCGACGACGACGAAGACGGCAGCGACGAAGAAGAGUCGGAGUUUGAAGCCGAUGGCUCGGGCGACGACGACGAUGACGACGACGACGACGAUUCGGACGACUCGGACUCGGAUGUGUCGCUGGUCGAUGAAGACGAGUCGAGCGACGCGGGCUCGGGCGACGAAGACGACGACGAGGACGAUGGGCCGACGUGGGAGGAGCUCGAGAAGGAGGCGCGCGCGUCGGACCUCAUGCGCCACGAAAAGCAGGCGCGCGAGGAAGAGGAGAGCGACGACGAGCACCGAAAAAGAACAAGAAGCGACUGUGUAUUUGCGUAA